AUGGGUGGUGGAAAUAACAAUCUUUGUAAGUUGGAUCAUGUUAAAUCCAGGACAUCAAGGAAUGAGACUGAAAUACAAGCAUUGCUGGCCAUCAAGGCUCGAAUACCUCUUGAUCCUUACGGGGUCUUCAACUCCUGGAAUGAUUCUCUACAUUUCUGCAACUGGCCAGGAGUAAUAUGCGGUCGCCGGCAUCGGAGAGUGACCGUCCUACAUCUAUCAUCACUCAAGCUGGCAGGUGACCUUUCUCCCCACAUAGCCAACCUCACGUUCCUUAGGGUGAUCGAUCUCGGGAACAAUAGCUUCCGUGGUCAAAUCCCUCGAGAAGUGACUCGAUUGCGUCGUCUAGAGGCAUUGCUUCUCACUAACAACUCCUUCCAAGGUGAACUUCCAAGAAACCUUAGUCAUUGUUCGAACCUAAAAGUCAUCGACAUAGUGGGAAAUACGCUCGGUGGGGAAAUACAUGCCGAGAUCGGUUCAUUGUCUAGCCUCCAAACUCUUCAACUAACCAGGAACAACUUCAUAGGAACAAUUCCACCGUCAUUAGGGAACAUCUCUUCUCUACUUCAUCUUUCCCUGAUGCAGAACCACCUCGAAGGAAACAUUCCAAGUGAGCUCGGCCACCUCACCAAACUAAAAUUUCUUCAGUUGUCUUUAAACAAGCUCUCUGGUACAGUUCCUAAUAAACUAUAUAAUAUCUCAUCCAUUUAUUUUUUUUCUUUAGCUGAUAACCAGUUACAAGGUCAGAUCCCUCCUUACAUAGGCUUGACCCUUCCUAAUCUUGAGUUCGUUUCUCUCGGGGAAAACAACUUUUCAGGGCCAAUUCCAACAUCAAUAGUCAAUUUCUCCAGGCUCGUAAGCCUUGAACUGGGUGUAAAUGCACUGGCAGGACCGAUACCAAGGAAUUUGGGAAGCCUUCAAAAUAUAGAAUACUUGAACUUAGGUACCAACUUCCUUGAGAGUUCCAAUGAUUUAAGUUUUCUCACUUCAUUGACUAACUGCACCAAUCUUGUUUUCUUAGCUUUAUCCAAAAAUAACCUCACAGGCAUUUUGCCUGAUUCAAUUGGGAAUCUCUCUGCAAAUCUCAAUCAAUUGCGAAUUCAAACCAAUUAUAUAUCCGGUACCAUACCGAAAGAGAUGGGAAACCUUGUAGGCUUGGAGUGGCUUGGACUAUAUGGAAACAUGCUGACAGGCAGUAUACCUGAUUCUGUUGGAAAAUUUUCCAAGAUGAAAUAUUUCGGUGCUUUCAUAAAUAGAAUCACAGGGGAAAUUCCUCAUUCUUUGGGAAAUCUAACCCAACUAAUUCAGCUCAGCCUAUUUGAUAAUUUGCUGGAAGGACGCAUACCAACAUCUUUGGGUAACUGCAGUUACUUGGUACUAUUGGAUCUAUCAAGGAAUCGUCUUAAUGGCAUGAUACCGAAGGAAGUUAUCGGUCCCUGUUCCUUCUCAAUACAACUUUACUUUGAUUCAAAUAGUUUAACGGGAACUUUGCCACCAGAGAUUGGAAACUGCAAAAAUCUCAACGUGUUGGAUGUAUCAAGGAACAAACUUCAUGGGGAGAUUCCAACCUCUCUUCAAACUGUGUGA